AUGAUUAGUGACACUUCUGCUUGGAAAGCUCUAACCGAGCACGUGACCGAGAUUAAAGCCACACACCUUCGUACUCUCUUAACCGAUGAUACACGUAAUGCGUCCAUGCGCAUGGAACAAGAGGAUAUUUACUUUGAUUUUUCCCGUCAAAAUGCGACCACGAAAACACUUGACUUGCUCGUAAACUUAGCUGAAGCUGCUGAUCUCAAGACAAAAUUACAAACCAUUGCUUUGGGUGAGCACGUAAAUGUUACCGAGGAUCGUGCUGCCAUGCACAUGGCAUUACGUGCUCCAAGGACCGAGAAAAUCUAUGUUGAUGGUCAUAAUAUUGUCCCUGAAAUCCAUCAUGUACUGGAUCUUGUCCGUCUUUUUUCUGACAAUGUACGAACUGGAUCUUUUCGUGGAGCGACUGGCAAACACUUGAAGAACAUUAUUUCAGUCGGUAUUGGUGGCAGUUAUCUUGGUCCAGAGUUUGUAUUUGAAGCAUUGCGUCACGAACCUGUGGCGAAAACUGCUGCAAAAGGUCGUAAUCUUCGUUUUCUUGCUAAUGUUGAUCCAGUUGAUGUCGCACGUGCUACUGAUGGAUUAAAUCCGGAAGAUACACUUGUGAUUGUCGUGUCCAAGACAUUUACAACUGCCGAGACAAUGUUGAAUGCUCGUACGCUUCGUAAAUGGAUUGUCGAUGAUUUGAUUCAUAAAGGAAGCACUGAAGCUAAUGCGGUAGCGAAACACAUGAUUGCAGCUAGUUCAGCAGUAUCACUGGUACAGGAAUUUGGCAUUGACCGUGCAAAUAUUUUUGAGUUUUGGGACUGGGUUGGUGGUCGUUACAGUGUCACGAGUGCCGUAGGUAUCUUACCUUUAGCACUACAGUACGGCUUUGACGUAAUGGAGCAGUUUCUGGCUGGUGCCCACGCGAUGGACAAACAUUUGCUGGAGGCUCCGUUGCGCCGUAAUUUGCCAGUGCUAAUGGGUCUAUUGGGCGUAUGGAACUCAUCGUUUCUCGGACACAGCUCGCGUGCUCUGUUGCCAUAUUCGCAAGCACUAUUGCGUUUUGCUGCCCAUAUUCAGCAGGUGGACAUGGAGAGCAAUGGGAAGCGCGUGAGUAUGGAAGGUGUGGACCUUCCAUUUCAGGCUGGAGAAGUGAACUUUGGCGAGCCCGGCACGAAUGGUCAGCACAGCUUUUACCAGCUUAUUCAUCAAGGUCGAGUUGUGCCUUGCGACUUUUUAGGCUUUUGCGAGUCGCAGAACCCUGUGAAACUUCCAGGUGAGCUCGUAUCGAACCACGAUGAGCUCAUGUCCAACUUCUUUGCGCAGCCAGACGCUUUGGCACGCGGCAAGUCACUCGAGGACUUGAAGGCCGAGAAUGUACCCGAGCAUUUGCGCAACCACAAGCUUUUCCCAGGCAAUCGCCCAUCGAUGUCGUUGCUAUUCAAGAAGCUGGACGCAUUUUCGGCCGGUCAGCUGCUGGCACUAUACGAGCACCGUACGGUGGUACAAGGUUGUAUUUGGGGUAUCAACAGCUUUGAUCAAUGGGGCGUAGAGCUCGGCAAGGUACUUGCCAAACAGGUGCGUGCACAGCUCAGUGCCUCACGAACGGACAAGGCUCCGGUAAAGGGCUUUAACAGCGCCACCACUAGCAUGCUCGAGGCCUAUUUGUCAUACAAAGCUUAG